AUAUGUCGUACUGCCAAUAGAAAGCAAAUAGUUAAAUACAAAGUGGUGUUUUCUUUUGUUUUGUCCAACAUACACACAGAUACAUACAUACAUACAUACAUACACAGACAGACAGACAGAUAGAUAGAUAGAUGCGUAUGCGAGUUAUGUCACCAAUGAUUAAAUUUGCUGAGCAACGUUAAAAGUAGUCUACGAGACUGCAGAAUAUACUAUUAUAUAUAUCACCUCGGCUUGCAAGGUUAUUAACAUCAAAUUACAACUUCCCAUUUGUUGUUACAUAAACAAAGUUACAUUAAGUAUUAGUUCUGGAGACAAGCACCUGGCACAUAUAAUCUAAUACACAUAUUAAGUAUUUAUAUAUUUCUAACCCUCUUUUCAUAUAAACUACACCGAUUUUUGUAUAGGCUAUCGUUCCCAGGAAUUCAUCUGACGAGAAUAGAAGAAAUAUAAAAUGAAGGUGACAUAUCUAUUCAUAUGACCGGUGGACGAUAAGACUAAUGAAGACAUACUUAUUUAUGACACCGGAAGAACAAUAUUGCGUUUUGCAUGCGAAAGUUAUCUAAUUUUUACCAACAUGUAAACAACACACAAACACACUUCUGUGUGUUUUAACUUUAUAUUUAUAGUAAAUCAUCUCAUUAUGACAUUCUCUGUCUCUGUUUCCACCUCUACGUGAGAUAUAUACCCUACGGUUUCUAUGAUUUUCAUUUAUAACGGACACGAAUAGUAAUUAUAUGAAAUCUUUUGUCAACACUCCAAUGGUGGCAGUUUUAAUGUCUUGCUUAAUUACUCCUCUCUAUAAUCAAAGUGAAGACUAGAUCGGACCACCUAAGUCACAUGAUGCCAUUAUAUUAAACAUUUGCGAAGAGUAACCAUGCCACACGCAAAAAGUUCAGCAGAACUGUCAGAUUUUCAAAGAAGUCAUAUUGCUGGGCAAUCUGAGGCUGGCCUUAGCCAGCGAAAUAUUGCCAAAAGUCUUCAAAUUCCUCUUGCAACUGUUAAUAGAAUUAUAGUGCAAUUCAAAAACCAAGGAAAAGAAUCAACAGAUUCUCGUCCCAGCCAACCUGGACCCUCAGAAAGGAAGCUUCACUGUUUGAAGAGAAUUGUGGAAAACAAACCCCAUUCGAAGGCUUCUGACAUUGCAAAAAAGCUAGCAGUUAGUCCAAGAACGUGCGUUACAUAUCUGCAUAAGCUUGGGUAUUAUGGACAAACAGCUAGAAGAAAACCUCUCCUUCAACCAAUUAAUAUCAUGAAAAGAAAGAAAUGGGCUAAGGAGAUGUCUGAAAAAUCCAGUUCAUUUUGGGAUAGAGUGAUUUUCUCAGAUGAAUCCAGGUUUGCAUUAUUUUCAGACAGUAGACGUGUUUGGGUCUGGAGGCUUCCCAAUCAAGAAUUUGAUUUGAAACGACUCCAACCAACUGUGAAACAUGGCAGCAUCUCUGUAAUGGUAUGAGGAGCUGUCACCAGCAAUGAUCGUUCUGAGCUGAUCGAAUGUGUUGGAACCAUAAACUCUGAAAAAUACAUCGAAAUACUUAAGCAAGGACUACUUCUGAUGUAUUUAUAUGAUAAAAUAACGAAAAAUGAGUUUUUAUUCAUGGAAGAUGGGGCUCCAUGCCACACAGUGAAAGGAAUCAACAAUGGCUGACUGAAAAUGGGAUCAAAAAGCUUCCUUGGCUGAGCCAAUCUCCUGACAUGAACCCAAUUGAAAGUCUUUGGAGCAUACUAGAUAGAGCUAUGUGAAAAGCUUGACAGAAACCUAAAUCUAAAGAUGAAUUAUUUCGAUUGUUGCGUGAAAAGUGGGCAGAAAUUCCACAAGAGACAAUCACAAAGCUCAUCUGUUCAAUGCCAAAAAGAGUUUCUGAAUUAAAAACUGCAAAGGGAAUGUCAACUAAAUACAAAAGGAGAUGAAGAAGGCAAUAUGGCUAAGUUGAGUUGUACCAAUGUUUCAAUAUUUCUGCUGAAUUUUCUUCAAUAAGUGAGUAUAAGAUAAAGAAAAGAUGGCAGUGACAACUUUCAAAGGUGACAUGUUGCGGGAAGCAAUCCAUAAGGGUGACCUCAACAGUGUCAAACAUUUGUUGGACAUCGGAAACAUUAAUUUACAAGAAAGAGAUCUGGAUGGUCACACCUUCUUAAUGUUGGCUGCAGAAAAAGGUGACUUGAGAAUUGUCCAUGAACUUUUGGAUGCUGAUAUGGAUGUCAAUGAUGUUGAUAAUGACAACUGGACAGUUCUUAUGUAUGCAGCUAAAGAAGGACAUCAAGAAAUUGUGAUAGAACUCUUGGAGAAACAUGCCAUUGUUGACCACAGAGAUUUGUGUGGUUGGACUGCUCUGAUGUGGGCCUGCUAUCUUGGUCAUCAUAAUAUAGUGAAAGAACUUCUACAGAAAAAUGCCAGUUGUAAUAUUAAAGCUGAGUAUAAUAUGACGUGCCUUGCAUGGAGUUCUGGGAGAGGCUACACAGAGAUCGUCUCUGAUUUAUUACACCAUGGUGCUAAAGUUAAUGCCACAGACAAGUAUGGAACAACACCAUUGGUGUGGGGAGCUCGUAAAGGUUAUCUGAACAUUGUUGAAAAAUUAUUGGACCACGGAGCUGAUGUGGAUAUCUCAGGAAUGAAUUCAUGGACAGCCUUACUUGUUGCUACUCGUGGUGGUUACACAGAAAUUGUGCACAAAUUAAUUGAGAGAGACCCCCAUGUUAAUGCAGUUGAUAAAGAUGGUUUCACAGCCCUUGCUAUCAGUGCCAAAGAAGGUUACACUGAAAUCUCACAGGCUCUUCUAGCCAAAGGAGCUUAUGUUAACAUUGUUGAUAAAGCGAGUGAUACAAUAUUGAUUCAUGCUGUGAAAGGAGGUCACGUUGAUAUCGUCAAGGCUUUGCUUGGUAAACAUGCUGAUGUAGAUAUUGCUGGUUCAGAAGGUAAAACUGCACUCUACUGGGGCAUCGAUAAGGGCUACAAUGAUAUCGUCAAACAACUUCUGGCUAUGGACCCUGACUUGGAGAUCUGUAACAAGGAUGGUGACACUCCAUUACUGAAGGCUGUCCGACACCGAAAUGAAGGGUGUGUGUAUAUGUUGCUGGAAAAAGGAGCUAAAGUAUCAGCUGUCGACAAGAAAGGGGACACCGCCCUUCAUAUUGCUCUGCGGGCACGGAGCAAAAGGAUUACCGAGAUGCUAUUACGGAACCCUAAAAACAGCCAGCUGUUAUACAAGGGCAACAAAGUAGGGGAGACACCCUAUAGUAUUGAUGCCUAUUACCAUAAAGGAAUACUAACACAGAUCUUUGGCCACAGAAACUUGAAUGCUAAUGAUGCUGAAAACCUUCUUGGUUAUGAAAUCUACAGUAGUGCCUUGGCAGAUGUAUUGAGUGAACCGUCAUUAAGUAUGCCAAUAACAGUUGGACUCUAUGCUAAGUGGGGCAGUGGAAAAUCUUUUUUAAUCAACAAAUUACAAAAGGAGAUGAAAUCUUUUACACAACAGAAUGAGAAAAUCAACUUCCAUUUCACAAAAACUUUGAUAUUCUUCCUCUUCUUCUUAAACUUUAUCAUCGGGUUUGGCCUCAGUUUAGCUUUCAACUGGAUUGUUGGAAUCAGUGUUGGAUUUGGAUUGUUAUUCUUACAGGCUAUCGUUUUUGCUGUAAUCAGAUAUUUUACUCACCGUUACUCCAACCAAUUCACUUUACGCAUAUCACACGUUUUUCAACGACAGAUGAAGAGUUUGAAAAUGUUGCUGUACUUGUUGUUUUGGAACCCUCGCAAACUGAGUUCUAAUGAAGUACCUCACGUUAGAUUUCUCUUCUCUGACUGUACUCGUUUGACAAGUGUUGGAGGUGAGAAGUCCCUAGCUGCCAUGAUUGGGACUCUUUGUGAUGAGGCAGAGCGAUCUUAUGGGGUCGUAGUAGCUCGACUAUUCCGUAUAGUCAAGACACAGUCUUACAAAAAAGGCAAAGGUAAAUUUAAAACUGCCUGCUGUAUCCCUUACUUUGUGAUAGCGAUGUUGGUGUUUGUCUGUUUCUGUAUUUCCUUGUAUCUUCUUGUGAAGAACGGCACCAAGAACACGUCAAUAAAUGCAGCAACAAUCACUUUGUUCAGUAUAGUUGUCUUGUCUUUCAUUAUGAACAUCCAUACAUGGGGACGUGCUUUGCUAUCACUGACUGUAUCACAGAAGAAACGGAUCGUUCGAGCUGCCGACCAACUCGAAUUGCUAAAGAUGGACGGGUUCAUGCAGAAGCUGAAACAUGAAGUUGAUCUUAUGAGUAAAAUGGUCCUUUGCUUAGAUUCAUUCACUGGAACUCAAACCAGACUUGUAGUUAUCGUCGACGGCCUCGACAGCUGUGAGCAGGGCAAAGUACUGAGUGUGCUGGACACGGUCAAGACUUUGUUCUCCGACGACAACUCUCCAUUUAUCACCAUUCUAGCUGUCGAUCCUCAUAUCAUCAUUAAAGGAAUCGAGCAGAAUCUUCGAGUGUCUGUUCUGGACUCCAAUGUUCAUGGUUACGACUACCUAAGAAACAUUGUACAUUUACCAUUCUUCCUACAGAGUCAGGGAUUACGUGUCCAGAAAGGGGACUCACUACUUUUCAGCUCAUUCAGUACAGCAGAUUAUACAGAUUCUCCAGGAAAACUUAAGCAUCAGGAACCAGCAGAAUCAAAACUGAAGAAGCUCAAACAAUGGCGUACAGCCAGUCUCCAACUGUCCAACACGACCACCUCGACCUUUGAUCUUUCACACACUUUGGUUAAAAACGAUUACUUCAGUGAUAUCAACCCUCGAAGCAUGCGACGUUUAUUAAACAUUGUUGCAGUUACAGGACGUCUUCUCCGAGCAUAUGGUAUAGAAUUUAGUUGGUACCGCCUUGCCGCAUGGAUCAAUUUGGUGGAACAGUGGCCUUAUCAUGCCUCAUGGGUAAUUCUAGAGUUUGAAGAUACAGAAAACAUGGAUGACUCAACCACUUUGAUUUCUAUUUACAAAAAAGUUGCAAACAAAAUUCCAACAUCCCGUGACAUUGAUCCUCUCCUUGAAAUUGACAAAGAUGUCCGGAAACUGGAGGUUUUUCUUGCUAAUUCCAAUCGAAACCAACCAAUUUUGAAUGUUGGGGAUCUGAAGAAAUUCUUGCCAUGUACCAUUAAUUUAGAUCCUUACUUAAGAAAACUUAUUCGAGAAACUAAAAAAAAUAUGGAUCUUCAACGAUCUGAAUAUUCUUAUAAUUCCAUUUAUCCUGUGAUACCUUCCGGCCCUUCACCAGCACCGUCAUUAAUUGGUCCUCGGGGAGAUGGAGACCUUGGUCUGCGAGGUUUAUAUCCUACUGUCUUACCUUCCUCAGCAUCAAAUCGUUUCAUGGCGCCAUGUAAUCAGCCUGUUCCGAUAUCUCAUCCUACCAUGUUUACAACUUCAUCUGGUUCAUAUCUAAUAUCACAGCCAGUAGGUCCGCACCCAAUACCACCACCACAUCAAUUGACGAUUCCACCAAUAUUGCCAAAGUCACAGAAGAGGAUCAGCAGUUACAGUGUGCAGGAUGUUUGCAACCUUCUCUCCAAAAUUCAAGGUAUUAAAGAAGAAAACCUCAUCGCUUACUCCAAAUUGGUAGAAACUAACAACAUUAGUGGCCUUGUCCUUCUCUGCUGUGAUUUUGAUGAACUCAAAUGUGUCAUGUGUAUGCGAUUCGGAGACUGGCAAUUGUUUCGAGCUAUGGUUCAGGAAUUACGAGAUCAGGAAGUUGCUCAACUUUUGAGCCCUAAUUAUCGAUCAAACACUGCAGAAACUCCUUCUUCAAGCCGGAACAAUCAUUUUUCACAAAUGAAAUCCAAACCCAGUGACCCUCUCUUGUCACGUAACCAAGAUUCAGAUUCUAUUUUAGAAUGUCCGUUAGAAGAGCAAUAUGAGGAGGAAACUUCGAGCAGUCUCCUGUCUCCAAUCCAACCGAAACGUGUAAAUAGUCUUUAUGCCCAGAUGGACAUGGAAUGUGGUAUGUUAAGGGAAGUGAUUGAAGAUUUUACAGAGACUGUAAUGGAUGAUAGUAAAAAUGAAAUGGAUGUUUCAUCUGAGGUGUCCAUCCAUACUCAGCAAGAUUCAAAGUAUCCAUUGUCACACUGUGCUCUUGAUAUCGAUACAGAACUGGAUGACUUGAAGACCGACUCUCUGGCUGUGACAAGCAGUUUCUACUUAGAAGAUACUGAUGAAUCUCUUGAUCAAACAGACUCGGCUCCUCUUCUACAGCAAGCCUCAAGUGACGACAUUUUUGCUUCUGUCACAUUGAUCCCCACCAGUCGUUCUCUUGGACAGUUAAACACCCAUACUUUUGGUGAAUCAGGUUUAAAACUACCCCAUUCUAAAGAAGUAUCAUCUGACCUUGUAUGUAACCGUCCUGUGGUGAUGAAGAUAGCUGAGUAUACAGACUCUACAGAUCCUAAUGCUGUCCCUACAAUGAUAUCCAUGCAAGACUUGCAACCACAAUCCCAUUCUGAACAAUCUAGUUUUAUCCAAUUUGUCCAAGAUUCUAAAUCAAGAUCUGUACAAAAUACAAACGCAAAAAGACGAUCCGGUUCGGGUGUUACUGAUAUUGAAGAUCACGAAAUGCUAUAGAUGUAUCCAGUGAUAUCACACAGUUCAAAUAAUAUUCACAGUAUUUUAUAAUUCCUGUGGAACUCUUUAACUGGAGAUUGUUGCUAAAGCAACAGCAAUUAGGAAAAGAACUAUCAGAAGUUGAUUAUUUUCAACUUCUAAUUAAAAUUGGGAAAGGGUAAUGUAAAACAUAGGAAAUAUAAAUAAAUGAUUCCAAUUGAAUUUAACUACA